AUGAGCUUUCCACGCUGACAGGCACCCAAGUCCUGCUGCUGGUGGCCAGCGAGACAGGCCACGUGUACACCUUUGCCACGCGGAAGCUGCAGCCCAUGAUCACCAGCGAGACGGGGAAAGCGCUGAUCCAGACAUGUCUCAACUCCCCGGACUCGCCCCCGCGCUCGGACCCCACCACCGACCAGCGCAUGAGCGCCACGGGCUUUGAGGAGACUGACCUCACCUACCAGGUGUCUGAGUCGGACAGCAGUGGGGAGACCAAGGACACGCUGAAGCCAGCAUUCACCGUCACCAACCUGCCAGGGACAACAUCCACCAUCCAGACGGCCCCCACCACCUCAACCUCCAUGCAGGUCAGCAGCGGCCCCUCGUUUCCUAUCACUAAUUACCUGGCGCCAGUGUCUGCCAGCCUCAGCCCCAAUGCUGUCACCAGUGCCAAUGGAACAGUGCUGAAGACUACCGGAGCCAGUGCGGUGACAUCUGGGGGCCUCAUGCAGAUACCUACCGGCUUCACCCUCAUGUCAGGUGCUUCCCUUUCUCCGGGGACCCCUACCAUUCCUCUCACUCAGUUACAGCCGCACUCCCUGGCUCUUUCCAGUCAGCAGGGCCAGGCGGUCGCGGGUACAGCUGGACAGCUGCAGCAGGCACAGCAGACAGUCUUCCGCUUCCCCACCAGAGCUGGAGGGCAGAUCGUGUCGCUGACAGGUGGUACUAUGGCUCAGCAGGUCCCAGUCCAGGCAAUCCAGGUGCACCAGGCACCGCAGCAGACGUCCCCCUCUAGUGACAGCAGCACUGACCUUACCCAGACCUCUUCCAGUGGAACAGUGACCCUCCCAGCAACCAUCAUGACGUCGUCUGUGCCAACCACUGUGGGUGGCCACAUGAUGUACCCCAGUCCACAUGCGGUGAUGUACGCACCCACAUCUGGCCUCGCGGACGGUGGACUCGCAGUCCUCAACGCUUUCUCCCAGGCACCUUCGGCAAUGCAGGUGUCCCACAGCCAGGUCCAGGAUCAGGGUGGUGUCCCCCAAGUGUUCCUGACAGCUCCAUCAGGCACUGUUCAGAUCCCAGUCUCAGCUGUCCAGCUUCACCAGAUGGCUGUCAUCGGGCAGCAGAGCAGCAGUGGCAGCAGCCUGACGGAGCUGCAGGUGGUCAACUUGGACACCUCACAUGGCACAAAGAGUGACUGAGGCCUCUGCUGCUGGCCUCGUGCCAUCCCUGGCCUGUUACGCUGGCGCCGGGGCUGGCAGCGAUUCCUUCUCAUACAGACUGCACCAGUUAUUUAUUGUUGCCUUUUCACGUUUCCUUCACCCACCCACCCACACAUGCACGCACUGCCCCCAUCCUCCCCCAAACACACAGGCAUGCAUGUGGGGCUGCAGGACCCACACUGGGGGUGGAGCUGCACUGGGACCGUGCAGGGCUUGGGGGCAUUUGGAUGCUGCGAUAGCUGUGCUUUUUUCACGCCAGCCAAAGAAACUUGUCCCUCAAGGGGAAGGCAUGCUCCAUGCUGUAAAUAAAUACUGCGGGCCGUUCCCAGCUGGAAGCUCUGGCUCCUUCAGGAUGCUCUGGGUCACCUCAGGCCCAGAUCUGUCCCACAGGCCACAGCCCAAAGCGGAGCAGGCCAAGGCUGUGCUGCUGGCCUCAGCAAUGUGCCUUUGGGAGGGGUGACACGUCCUGGCCACAGCAGCUGGCUCUGAGCUCUGUUGGGGAAGAACGGUCAGCUCAGAUGUGCUUCUCGGGCUCAGCCUGUGCGCACUCCUUCUGGACAGCGGUGGGGGCCUCCUCAGGCAGGGUGCUGCCUGCAGCCCGUGGCCGCAUCCCCCUCGUAUGCACUACAGCGAGCCCUUGGCCCUCAGUGCCUCGUUGUUGGGCCGCCCGGCAGGUUUGCAGCCCACCCUGCUCUGCCACUGGCAGACGACACCCUCACACUGCCAAAGCAGUCGGUGGGUGCCCAGGACCACAACGACACCCCAGAGACCUCCUGAGGUGCUCUGCGGCCAGCCCAGCCCCACGUUCUCGUCUUGGCCCUCGCUGCGAGCAGUGCAGUCUCCGUACGUCCAAGGGGACGUGUCUGGGUGUCUCCCACGACCCCCUGCAGCUCUGGCCAGCACUUCUAAAUUCCUGUGUCUGAUACAAGGUGGAGAAACAACUCAAGCGUCAAAAAGAAGAGUCCAUGGGGCACCAAGCUGCUGGGCAGGUGGCAGACUCUUCCUCUGGGCACCAGGGUGGCCCGCAGGCUUUCUCAGGCUGUGGAGGAGCUGCUGUGACACCUGUGCAGGCAUGGCAGGGCUGGGGGAAGAGGGCUGGAGCAUACCUGCUCCUGCAGGGGAGUUGCUGCAAGCGGCUCUGCUACCUAGCCCUGUCCCUGGAGGGAGAGCGAGCAAGUGAGAGAGAAGCUGCUGAAUCCUUAGGGGAAGGAGCAGCUACUGUAACUUUUUUUUUUUUAAGUUAAAAGACAAAAGAAGCCUUGAAAAAAAAAUGACUUUAUUUUUCUAAGUGUUAAACUCAGUAUUUAUGUAAUUCUUUAAGGAAUAAAAGUUUGGCUCCUGUACAGUUUUCAUGGGGUUUGUACCUGGGGGACGGGAGAGGGGUGGGUGGGCAUGGAGACAGGAAGGGGCCUUGCUUUUGAGUUUGUAUUGUAACCUUGGAUAAUGUUCCUUCAGCAUUAGCGUUUAAGCUGCGCUCUCUGCCCACCAGCACGUGCCAGGGACUGAGCUGGAUGCUUGUUUUCCUCUUCCCUGCACUGAGGACUCCAUACCUGUAAUUUCAGGCUUAAUUGGUGGGAGGCAAGUGAAGGAGCAGCUGCUCUGCAGGAGCGGGGAACCUGCCCCUUGGGAGUAAGUGGCUUGCAAGGUGUCCAGCAGCCCCAUCCACCUCUGCUCUGGGGGAGCGUGGCUGUUUUGGCCUGGAGCAGCCCUGCCCGCAACUGCCUGAGGGGCUGUGGGCAUCCCCAGUCCUCCCUGGGCUCCGAGGGACUGAUCCCUGCUCUCUGUCUGCUUGUGGUGCAGCUGGCCUCUCCUGAACUCCUGGCCUCAGCUGGUGCCACUCCUUAAUGCACAGAUAGGGACAGGGCCCUUCCAAGCCCCGCUGUGCUAUGGCAGCUCCCAGAAUGGUCUACCAGCCCUAGUCUGCCAAGCAGCCUCUGAAGGGCCCAUGUGGAGCAGGGUGGCCCAUCUGGUGACAGUGACAUAGCAUUCUGCCUCCUCUUAGUAGCCUUGCUCUUAACGGUGAUGCAUCUCCUGCAGCUGGGAGCAGCGGGGUUGCUGUGCCAUGCCCCAGGCCAUUGCUAGGUGUACGGAGGCUGCUCAGUGAUGCCUCCGAAAAACAGGGCUGGGUAGCUAGGAGCUGGCCCAGGGUGAAAAACGGAGGUUGAGGUUUGCGUUACACUUUACCUCAGCAGAUCGUCAUGGCCUGGCUUUGUUCUGCUUUGCUUGUGCUAGCGCUGUGGAGCAGAGCUGUUGGGCUGGGGCGGCAGGAGCACCCCUGCUGCUACAGGGUGUCUCAUUGCUUCCCCUCUCUGGCUUCCCAAAGGCAACCGCUGGUUAAACGCUAAUGGUGUAUUUUAUUUAAGUGCAGACUUGUAAGAACACUUGUUUAUCAGGGACGAAACAACAUUUAUUGUGUGGUGACAUUUUUUUAGUUCAUUUUACUGGUUUGGGGGUUGUGUGCGUGUGUGCAUGAGUGAGUGUGUGCGUGUCAAUGUGUGUGUGGUGGGGUUAUUUUUUUUUCCAGUUUCCAGGGUUGUGUUUCUGGAAGGAUGUGGAAGUAAUCACAGUACUAUGUACAGAGCUUUCUUUUGUAUUAAAAAAAAAAAUACUCUUUCAAUAAAUGUUAUCAUUUUGUGCACAGA